CUACAGACAACGCGCACUGUAACCUCGUCGGAACGGUAGGGGGCAGCAUCGCCCCUACUAAGCAACCACAAUGUGUUCGACUUUUGAAGGAAUAAUAAUCAACUGUCGACCAAUUAAUUCACGUUGCAAGGAUGUCAGACCCGAAUCAAACGAUGGCAAAUAAAAGCGCUAAAAUCGCAGCUGGAGCUGUUGUGUGUGUUGAGAGUGAAGUAAGAGGAGAUGUCACCAUUGGUGCCAGAACAGUUGUCCACCCAAAAGCUCGGAUCAUAGCCGAGGCAGGGCCCAUAAUUAUUGGAGAGGGUAAUCUGAUAGAGGAGCAGGCUCUUAUAAUUAACAGUUAUCCUGAGAACAUAAUGCCAGAGUCAGAGGGAGUUGAGCCAAAAACAAUGAUCAUUGGGACCAAUAAUGUGUUUGAAGUGGGAUCCGUAUCCCAAGCUUUGAAAAUUGGAGAUAACAAUGUGAUUGAGUCCAAGGCUGAUGUUGGAAGAAAUGUGAUCCUGACCAGCGGCUGCAUCAUUGGCGCAUGCUGCCAGGUGAACACGUGUGAAGUCCUGCCGGAGAACACGGUUGUUUACGGCUUAAGCUGCAUCAGACGCGUGCAGAGCGAAAAGCCACAGUCACAGACACUGCAGCUCGACUUCCUCAUGAAGAUCCUUCCCAACUACCACCACCUGAAGAAGACCGUGAAAGGAAGCGGGACGCCUUUAAGAAACUAACUAGAGAAUGCUGUCAAACAUACUCUUUUUUGGCUGGCAAAGAGAAACUAGCUGCUGCAGUCAGUCUAGAUCACAAAUAAGACCUGAAAACACAGAGGCACUUUCAUUUAACAUGUUUAUGCUCUUGUUUUUCACCCUAAGCGUCGCAGUAUAUGUCUAGAACCAAAAAAAUUACAAUAGCGUACUUCUGAAUUUCAUAAUUAUCAGAUCUUCUUGUUUGUUUUGAAAGAAUUUGCACCGGAAGUUGUAAAUGUGCAAAGAAAGUCCUUAAAGACUGAAAUAAAAACUUAAAAACAU